AUGCUGGGUAAACAGGCGUGGCGGUUUCUAACAAAGCCUGACUCAUUGGUCUCACACAGAGCGAGAUAUUACCCAAAAGGAACCUUUUAUGAUGCCAAGGUAGGAAAUAAUCUCAGUUUCUGUUGGCGCAGUAUAAUGGCAGCUCAGAACAUGAUUUGUAGUGGAACCAGGCGCAGAAUUGGAAAUGGAAAGACAACCCUCAUCUGGGAUCACCCAUGGUUGCAGGAUGAACAAGGCCCAAUGAUUCAUACUGAUAAGCCUCCAUAUUUAAAUAAUGCAGCAGUGGUGGGAUUAAUUGAUCAUAACACACAGACCUGGGAUGCGGAUAUAUUGGCAGAUAUUUUUAAUCCUACGGAUGUGACUAGGAUAAAAAAGAUCCCAGUAUCACCGGAUUAUGAAGCUAUGUGGUAUUGGCAUGAUGAUCAGGGAGGUAAUUAUACUGUUAAGAGUGGCUACAAAACAAUUGUGGGUAAUCUCAAUGAUAAUACAGGCACUCAUAAUUUGUUGCGCCUAUGGAAGUUAAAAGUCCCCCCAAAUGGAAAACAUUCUUAUGGAAGGCUUUGA